CUGAAAGGCUGCACGUUGGAGCCACGAUGGCUCACCACCUGUCGCGUGGAGCUCUGGGAUCUCACUGAGCGAGCGAGCGGACUGGCGGCGCUUGGGCACAGCUCCGCCUCUUCGCCCUCGCACUGACCCUCGCGCUACCUUAUCCUUGACAUCUUUCAUUACUACCCAAUCUCUGCCCUUUCAUCUUGAAUUCUUCUGAUCGCUCGACGCGCUCAGCAUGGGAGCCACAGAAUCGCGUCAAGUGGGCGCAGGCUCCUCCUCCCUCUCUGCGGGUCGCAAUCAAGCCCCCUCUUCAGGGUACCACGUCGUGCGAGUCGCAGCGAACUCGCCUGCACACCUGGCGGGAAUUGAGCCCUUCUUUGACUUUUGCGUCGGGAUUGAUGGGCAACCUCUGAUCACCACUGGAGGGAACGGGUCAGAUGGAGCAGGAGGUGCAAAGCUUUCCAGCGCUGCGGGCGGGGGAGUGGGAGGGGAUGAUGCAAUGGCUGCUUGGAAGGCAUUGGAGGAUCGGGAGGGGACGAGGGUGGUAUUGAAUGUUUGGAGCUCAAAAAGGCAAGAGUUGAGAGACGUCGAGAUCAUCCCAUCGCGCUCAUGGUCAACUUCAGAUGCAAGCUCCUCCUCAGACCCAACAUCCCAACCUUCCCUCCUCGGCCUCACUCUCCGUCCUUGCUCCCCCUCACAUGCCCUCUCCGCCGUCUGGCACAUCCUCGACAUCCUCGAAGAGUCCCCCGCCCAAUCAGCUGGCCUCGUCCCGUUCGGAGACUACGUAGUUGGCUUUGCUGGAGGCGUACUGCGACACGAGGGCGACUUCUAUGAUCUCGUGGAGAGACACGAGGGCAGGCCACUCAGGCUGUACAUCUAUAACUCGGACUACGAUCAUACGAGAGAGGUGAUCAUUGUGCCGAAUAGGGAGUGGGGAGGGGAGGGGCUGCUGGGAUGUGGGGUAGGAUUUGGACUGCUCCAUCGCAUUCCGAGACCACAGGAUCGACCUGCCUUGCCGCCGCAGCAGGGCGGUGAGGAUGAGGAGACGGUACAGGAUGGAGGGUACGGUGCGCAGGCGACAGCGGCAGAGACAUCGCAGCUGUCAUCGGCGAACAACAGCUUUGGAGGUGUUGCCGGAGGAGGAAUCCCACAAUCCUCUACUGACCCGAAUCUGCGCGGGCGGGCAGAGGGACGCAAUGGAGGCGAGGAUGGCGAGGAGGAGGAUGGAGCAGAUGAGAGCCACACCAGUGGAGUCACGAUCAGCAUGCGCCGUGAUGACGAUGAGGAUGAGGAGGAUGAGGAGCACAAUCUGUAGAGGGCAGGCACCUCUCACAGAAAUCACAGACAUUCACUUCAGCUCGUUCAGCAGUCGUGAAGAUAGUGGUAGUCAUUUCAUCGUUGGCAGUCCACUGACUACCUGUAGAAGUCCG